CUUGUCCUUGUCCGUGGGUUGUGCAAAGUUGAAAAAUGCUGCCAGAAACAUACGAGAAAAUCGCUUUUAUAUCUCGGAAUUGUUUGUAAUACCUUAAACAGGUGACGUGAACUCGACAUUAAACGGCAAGAAUGUCACGUCUUUCACCGUUUGCCGAGAUUAUCAAUUUUCUGACCACGUGCUUUGUUUUUUUUCCUGUUGUUAUGAUUGGAGAGCUCGUAGUUGUGAUACGCAUUUUACGAAAGGCCAAUUUGCAGAAAAAAACCUUUCUUCUGAAAAAGGUGAAUGGGAGGUUUUCACGCUCAUCAUCCUUCCUAUUUAUAUUUAAAAAGCAUUUCUCUCACAUCAUUCAAUAUUUUGUACAUUCCUAGUUAGAAGAAUAUAUAGUUCAAGGGAUUUUUUUGCAACGCUUUAAAAACAAUUUGCACCUAAAGCAAAGUGGACAGGAUGGUCCUAAUGGCCUAAUGGAGCCCCGUGAUUACAAAACACGCACGUCCGAGCCUGCGAGCGUGGGUGGUCAUAUGACCAACACACACACACACACACACGACGGCCGCUUGUAUCAUCCUUACGAAUAGAAACAAUAAAAAUCAUAAUACAUAAUCAGCGCGGAGGCAAAGGGAUCGAGGCAGCUGGCUGGCCGUUGUUCGUUCGUUCGUUCAGUCGGUCGGUCGGUCGGUCAGUGAAAAAGCAGCGAUGGCCAAGCUGAGCUCGCUGCUGGCCGAAGAGCUGGACGACGAUCCGCUCAAGGACGCAGAAUGGGACGACUUCGCUCAGCUGCUCGAGGACUUUCGCCUGCAGAAGGCCAGCAAGUUCUCGACCCAGCGGGCGCGCAGGGGCUCCAAGGUGAUGCAGGAACUCGAGUUCAUCGGGCCGAAAGAGCCGCCGGCCGACUACAUCGUCUACCCUUCCGUCUACCCUGGACAAAAUGUGGACGACGAGGACGACGACAUGUAUUUCAUGCCCGCAAACAUGAUGUAUGGCCGGUACACCAAGGAGCUGGGUGAAUUCGCGAAGGAAGAGGCCCGCCGGUUGAAGGCGAUAGAGAAGCGGCGGCGGAAGGAUGACAAGCGGCGCAACAAGGAGCUGCACCGGUACGAUGGACCGUGCAUGUCGCGGAUCCGCUCCGUCGUCGGCUUCAUCUGGCACCAUACGUUCGCUAAGCUCGGCGAGGACUGGGUCUUCCUGGCCCUCCUCGGCAUCAUCAUGGCCUUCGUCAGCUUCAUCAUGGACAUGGGCAUCGGCAUGUGCAACAAAUCACGCAUGUGGCUGUACCGCGACCUUUCUUCGCAUCCCUUGCUGCAGUACGUGGCGUGGAUAAGCCUUCCAGUAUUUUUGAUUCUCUUCUCAGCAGGAUUUGUGCACAUCGUCGCUCCUCAGUCUAUAGGUUCGGGUAUCCCUGAGAUGAAAACCAUCCUGCGCGGCGUGGCGCUGAAGGAGUACCUGACGUUCAGGACCCUGGUGGCCAAAGUGGUCGGCCUAACGGCCACGCUGGGCAGCGGCAUGCCCCUCGGGAAAGAGGGCCCGUUUGUGCAUAUCGCCAGUAUUGUUGCAACCCUACUUUCCAAACUGGUCACAUCAUUUCAAGGUAUCUACGAGAAUGAAUCUCGCAAUUGCGAAAUGCUCGCUGCCGCGUGCGCCGUCGGAGUGGCCAGCUGCUUCGCUGCACCGAUCGGAGGUGUUCUAUUUAGCAUAGAAGUAACAACAGUAUACUUCGCCGUUCGCAACUACUGGCGCGGAUUUUUUGCUGCCGUUUGUGGUGCCACAGUGUUCAGACUACUCGCUGUUUGGUUUCAAAAAGAAGCCACUGUGACCGCAUUUUUUGCCACAAAUUUCAUCUCAGACUUCCCAUUCGACCCCCAAGAACUUUUCGUGUUCGCCUUAAUGGGGGCUGUAUGUGGAUUGGGUGGAGCGUUUUACGUGUGGCUCCACAGGCAGUAUGUGCUUUUCAUGCGCAGAAAUAAAAAGAUGAAUAACUUUUUGCAGAAAAAUCGUUUUCUUUACCCUGGAAUUGUUUCUUUGAUCGUUGCGUCAGUCUCAUUUCCGCCGGGACUGGGACAAUUCAUGGCUGCUGAUCUCUCAACGCACGACCAAGUCUCCGGGCUGUUCACCAACUUCACGUGGACCAAGGAAAACCUGACGGUGGAGGAAAUCGACGUGGUGCGCCACUGGACCACCAACUACACCGACGUCCACUUCAGCCUCGCGUCCUUCACGUUGUUCACGUUUGUGUUUUCCAUUAUUGGGUCGACGAUUCCCGUGCCGUCGGGUAGCUUCAUACCCGUGUUCAAGAUUGGUGCAGCCUUCGGCAGGUGCGUCGGUGAACUGAUGCAUUGGUGGUUUCCGGCGGGGCUGCGUUAUGGCGGUUUGGUCGCACCCAUUAUUCCAGGCGGCUAUGCAACUGUCGGCGCGGCGGCCUUCUCUGGUGCUGUGACUCACACAAUAUCUGUAUCUGUGAUAGUUUUUGAAAUGACUGGCCAAAUAACGCACAUAAUACCCAUUAUGAUUGCUGUGCUGAUCUCGAACGCCAUCGCGUCACUGUUGCAACCAUCGCUUUACGACAGCAUCAUCCUGAUCAAGCGAUUGCCCUACCUGCCCGACCUUUUGUCCUCCAGUUCAGGCAUGUACAACGUCUACGUCGAGGACUUCAUGGUGCGUGAGGUGCGCUACAUUUGGCACGGAAUCACCUUCGGACAGCUCAAGGAUAUCCUCAAGGACAACCGGAACCUCAGGAGCUUCCCGCUGGUCGACAGCCCUGACAACAUGAUCCUGCUGGGUUCGGUGCAGCGAUUGGAGCUGAUCAAGCUGAUUGAGCGGCAGAUCGGCAGGGAGCGGCGGCUGCAAGUGGCGGCCAAGUGGCAGAAAGAGGCACAAGAAAGGGCCAUGGAGGAGCUGGAGAGGCAGAUGCGCGAGGAGGAGGAGAAAAAGCGGCGGCCGUCCAGGUUCGAAGUCACGCCGGCGCCCGACAUCCUCAAGCUGAAGACGCAGUCAACCAACGAGCUGCUUCCACCUAUGGACGGACGAGUAUUUGUGCCGGUGCUGGGAAGUCUGCCGAAGAAGUCGAUCCUAAAGAAGACCAACUCAUUCACAAUGCGUGGCAUCUCGCCGUUCAUGCUGCCGCACGCCAACUCGUACAGCACGGUGACCGGCGCCGAGUCGCGCAUGCGGAUGGCCUUCGAGGCCGUCUUCCGCAAGUCGGCCACCCUGCAGGACGUGGAGCCGGCGUCAGGGUCAACUUCGGCCCUGCCGGACUCGUCCACGGCCGUUGCCAACAACGUCGCACCACCAUCCUUCUCGCCUGGCAGGCUGAUGGUGCAGGACGCGGUCGACUCGCCGUCGGCCUCGAUGGCCACCCUCACGGUGCCCGGUACACCGUCCGCCUUCAAGAAGGUCCAGCUGCCUCGAAUCAGCUGGUUGAACCCGCGUGAGAGAGUAAUUGACAUGUCUCCUGAAGACCAGAAACUGUGGGAGGAGGCAGAACUGCGCAAAGAGGUGGAAUUCGGAAAGUGCGCCAUAGACCCUGCGCCCUUCCAGCUGGUGGAAAGGACGUCCCUGCUGAAGGUGCACUCGCUGUUCAGCAUGCUCGGGGUGAAUCACGCCUAUGUGACUGCCAUUGGACGACUGGUCGGCGUCGUCGCCCUUAAAGAGCUAAGGAAAGCGAUCGAAGACUCAAACGCGGGCAACCUGCCAGCGACGAAGGAGUCGACGCCCCCGGCGGGUCCUGAGGCGGGAUCGUCGGACUCGAUGGAAAAGCAGGAAGAACAGCCGCUCAAUAACGAAACAACCCGUGACAAAGACACUUGAUUUUAAUUCACACGUCACGCACUAUUCGAAUCUGCGGGUGGUAAAAGAAAAAAAGAAAAACGAAAUUCAUGGUCCACUGCCCUGGUCGUUGGAUUAAUUUUCGCGACUUGCUGACCCCCACUCAGCGCUUGGAAGUGAUUUAAACGCAUAACGUGCCAUUUUUCAAUUGCGGAUCAUAUCGCCUGCGACGCGUGUGGCCUGCUGAAAUGAAAAUUCAUGUAUUGACUAGUCAGAUUUGUCAACUGUGUUACAUUAUAUGAAAUAACAAUCACACUUUAUUUACCAUGUAUAUGUAUAAUAGUAGAGAGCAUAUCUCCGAGAGCCAGUCUUCAAGUGCCUGCUGAUGAUACACCAAUAUUCGAGUGCCUUGAAUUUUUUAUAUUUUUGAAAAGGAGAAGUUGUAUAAUUUUGAAAGAGUUUUCUUUCAUUCAGAUCACACGGGGAUUGUUUUAGCUGAUUGUGAGCCGCAAGUACCAGAAGAGUAUGUAGUAUGUUUUAAUUAAUGAAAACAGAGAGUGACGCUGCUAAUUAGUGCGAAUAGAGCUUAUUUCUUAAAACGUUAGAAAAUUAGGAGACGUGAAAGCAUUCCUUUUAACUUUUGCAUACUUAGAAACGAAAAGCGAGAGAGCAUUAAUAAAGAAACCUGUAUUCAAACUGUUUCCCUAUACAACUGUUAGCAGACAUACUUAAAUGAAAUAAAACAAAUCAUAGUAAGUACAUAUACAAA